AGGAGACAGUCAGCGAUGCUGCCACCCGACCGGACCUGACAGACAGACGUGCAGCCCGUCCACCACAUGAACAGGAUGAACCGCUGUACAGCAUCCACUCUGCUCAUCGGAAUUGUACUUCUGUUAUCUCACCAUAUCAGUGACGCUCAGCACUGGUCCUUUGACAACCAGCCAGGAGGAAAGAGAGACACUGAGAGUCUCCAGGACAUCUAUUCAGAGGUGCCAAAUGAAGUUUCAGAACCACAACGUCUCGAGUGCUCCAUCCCACAGAGCAGACUCAGCCUCACGAAAGGGGCUUUGAUGAACUGGCUGGAACGAGAUAAUGGCAGAAAGAAGAUAUGAAGGCAUGAAAGAACCCAUGACUGCCACAGAUUUAAAAAUAAACUACAAGAUGAGACCAAA